CUUGUAAAACCCACAAAAACUAAUAAACUCUAAACGUCAAAAACGAAAAAGAUGAAAAUCUUUAACACAUCUCAAAACAUAUUCUUGGCUCUAACCAUUUUCCUUGUUCUCAUCGUUCAUCUAAAAGCCCAAGACAGCCCUCGAGACUUUUUGGCAGCUCACAACCGAGCACGAGCCGAGGUUGGGGUGGGUCCCUUAAGAUGGGACGAGAAGGUGGCUGCUUAUGCCCGUAACUAUGCGAACCAGCGUAAAGGUGACUGCGCUAUGGAACACUCAACCGGGGCCUAUGGAGAGAACAUCGCUUGGAGUAGCGGUGGCAUGACAGGCGUUGAAGCGGUCGACAUGUGGGUGGGCGAACAAUCUGACUACGAUUAUAAUUCCAACACAUGUGCUUGGGACAAACAGUGUGGCCACUAUACUCAGAUUGUGUGGAGAAACACGGAGAAGUUGGGAUGUGCAAAAGUGAGAUGCAAGAAUGGUCAAACCUUCAUCACUUGCAACUACGAUCCUCCCGGUAACUGGGUUGGCGAGUGGCCCUACUAAAAUAAAACUCCAUUUAAAUGCGCUUAUGAAUCUAUGCUAUACUUUUAUGUAUGUUUGUAUUGUUCAGUUAGACCAAUCAUCUAUCAUGCAACUAAUAAAUUAAGAUUGGUAAUAUUGUCCGGUCCGGUCCUCUUUGUACCAUAUAUUACAUAUGUAUAUACGUGGAAUAAAAAAAUGCAAUGCUACUGCUUGCACUUGCUUUGUUUGCUAAA